CUUCAAGCUGGAAUUUGAGGAUGGGAACCCACAUGUGGAUGUCUUCACUUCGGCUGUCCAGCAGGAAGACCGGGUGUGGCAUUGGAAGUGCAGAACUCUGGGUUUUAAUUCUCCUUUAUCUAUAAAAUAUGUGGAUCUCACUUUCCUUCUCUGUAAUCUAAGGAUUCUUCUCUGGGAUCCUUCCCAUCUUGGUUGUCUUAGCAGUCUUUUGAGGGGAGGUGGAGGGAAAGUUAGGGCUUAAAGAACAGCCAGCCUAUCUGCUAGGAGCUCAGGAGUCAGCCUGCAAAAUCUUGAAGAGCCAAUUCCCUUAGUCUGCUGCCUGUGAUCCUGGGGAAGGACUGCUGUCAAAACCUGUGUGUUUCACCCUUGUUAGUAAAUUCAGACCUGUGUCCUUUAAUAAACCGAUGAGAGAUUUAAGUCGAACAACUUUUCCCCCCAAGCCCUUACAUCAUAAUUCACCUUUCGGUUCUGGCACAGAAUUCUUGCUUACCGGGGUUCCUUGGGAUUUUUAGCUCAGCCCCUGGGGCUGCUGGCCCUACGUGGGAAGAGCACUUAGGGGAGGGGCGAGGCACGCGCCUUGGAGCACCCUCCCCGUCGGUUCAAACGACCUCGAGACCUGGCGGGUUGGUGGAGAGCAGAAGGGAGGGAGGGAAGGUAGGAGCCUGGGCCUACCUCGACCCCAAGCCUCCCAGCUCCAUGGUCCCCGCCGCCUGCAUGCUGCUCUGGGCCCUGCUGCUUAGUCUGGGGUCCCGGGCGGCGGGGGCCCAAGGCCAGACGUCAAACCCGACGGCCACUCCGACUAGGGUUCAGCGGAUCAGCCUCCGCUUUGGGGGCCCAGCCCGCAGCCUCAGCACAGGCAUGACCAGCCGGAACAGUGUACCCCGGAAGUUGAAGGUAACUUUGGAGGAUGAGAAUGAUGCCCUAGCAACUGCUGACCGCCUGGCUGCCCCGGCAGCCGCUGAGCUCCUGUCCACUGCGACAGGCAUUAGCCGGUCGUCAUUGAUCAGCUCCAAUGAGUAUGAGGAUGGCUCCUUGGAAGAGGGGGCCGUGCUUGAUGUCAAAAAAACCACCAUCUUACCUGGAACUACGUAUUCGACCACCACUUCUAUAGGAAGCGUUAGCACCACCGGUAGGUUUUUAGCCAAUGACCAGGAGCGAGAGAUUAGGAUGACCUCCGAUUUGACAUCCCUCACUACAAAGCCUUCUACUGUGGCAGACCUGACUUCCGAGAGCACCCUGCACUCGUGGUCGUCGACACCUGGGUCCACCCCGACCCCGUGGCGAUCACUCUCAUUCUCAUCCUCACUGUCACCGUCACCCUCACCCACAGCCAUGCCAUCUCCCGAGGAUCUACGGGUGGUGCUGAUGCCUUGGGGCCCAUGGCACUGCCACUGUAAGUCGGGUACCAUGAGCAGGAGCCGCGCUGGAAAGCUGCAUGGCCUCUCUGGGCGCCUGCGAGUUGGGGCACUAAGCGAACUCCGCACAGAGCACCGGCCUUGCACCUACCAGCAGUGCCCUUGCAACAAGCUCCGGGAGGAGUGCCCUCUGGACUCGAGUCUGUGCUCUGACAAUGGCUGCAGCUCUCACACCACCUCCAUCAGGACCAUCUCUCCUCAGGCCCCUAUCCACCUGAGACGCAGACCCAUCCUCCCAUCCACUAGCCCGAGCCCUAACCCAGCUCUUGCCUUUUGGAAACGUGUCAGGAUCGGCCUAGAGGAUAUAUGGAAUAGCCUUUCUUCAGUGUUCACAGAGAUGCAACCAGUAAGUUGUUUUGCUUAUGAGUCGGGACUUCCCUUGAUGAAUCUGAAAAGUCCUGAUUUCACAAAUCCUGUUGCUAACAUAGCCAUACUUGUGGGAGCUGUUAGUGACUUAGCUGUUCAGUUACGGAGUCAUAACUUGAGCUGGUUAUCCUUGGCCCAUUUGGUGUUUUGUUUGGUGUUUGGGGUGCACAGGCUCAUGCCACUGGGGCCUGAGUCCCUACCUCACACAUGGUAGGCAGCAGGCAGUGUUCUGUUAUUGAACUGUACCUCCAUCUCCUGCUUGCUUUUCCCCAACCCCUGUCUGACCGUUUUGUUUUGUUGUUGUUUUGUGACCAGGUCCCCACUAUCUUCUCUACACUGGCCUUUGACUCCUGGGCUGAGGUGAUUCUCACAGCACCUCAAACUUCAGUAUAGUGGGAGGCUCAGCUAACUCAAGAGAUCCACCUGCCUCUGGCCUUCUGAGUGCAGGGAUUAAAGGUGUGAUAUCAUGCCCAGCAAGAGUUUCUUGGGGUUUUUUGUUGUUGUUUUUGUUUGUUUGAGACAGGGUCUCUCUAUGUAUCCCUGGCUGUCCUGAAAC